CGUACGAGGUUGCGUGGGUUGUGGGAGAAAUAACAAAAUAAAGUAAUGUUUUGUCGGAAUCAUAAAAAUGAUGUGAACUGUGUGAAACUUUCGAACGCUACCGACUGAUUUCAUGGCGGAACUAUACAUCCUAGGACAACUUUGCAAAGCAUCUGACUACGACGAACCGAACCUGUUCUGCAAGUGGAGUAUUCAGUUUGGAUCCGGUUGGAAGGUAAUCGAAGGCCACUCAGAAGGUCAGAGUUGUGCUAGCACGGCGAGGGUCGAACGGUGCUCCUAUUUCAGUACCCCGUUGGACCUACAUCUGGCCUGCCGGGGAAUCCAAGGUUGGCCGAAGCUUCACGUCGAAGUGUUCGCGUUAAAUUCUCUCAACCACUACUGGCCGGUCGGGUACGGUUUCGCGUAUUUACCGAGCCAGCCGGGCACGCAUCGGAUUCGAAUAGCGACCUGGAAAGUUUCAUCGGCAAAGUUUUUCGACACGAUCCGAGAGAAGUUUCAUACCGGCGGUUUUACCGUAGCCAAAAGUGACAUUGUGUUUUCCGGGUUCGAACGCUACAAGCUACUGACGAAAUCAGCUGGCGUCGUGGAGUUCGAAUUGAUGUUAAUGUUCAAGAAUUUUGCCGAAAAUGGGGUGGAAUUACGUUAG